AUGGGUAAGGGGUACGAAGUAGAAGAGAGUACCAAAGACAGGUCAGAAGUAAGAGCCAAAAGAGAGAGAAAGGGGAGACCCGAGGCAGAAGAGGAAAGCAGUCUCGCUAAACGAAAAAAAAAACAAGAAAAAAAGAAAAAAGAAAGAUCAGCGGCCCCGGCCAGCAGCAGCAAGCAGAGACACCCGCCCCUUUAUUUCCACGGGUCUCGGAGAGAGAGAGAGAGAGAGAGAGAGAGAGAGAGAGAGAGAGAGAGAGAGAGAGAGAGAGAGAGAGAGAGAGAGAGAGAGAAGAGAGAGAGAAAGAGAGAGAAGAGUGAGAAGAGAGAGAGAGAGAGAGGGAGAGAG